GUAAAUGAAAUAAAUUUAUAUUUCAUAUCAAUAUUCAACUAUUUCUAUGCCAGUGACUACAGCGGCGACGGAAAUAGAGCCGCAAUGCUGUCAUUUUUUAUGAUACAAUUGUUUGCCACGUGCAUGUGCUGUACAGUGAACAGAAAUUCAGAAUCACACAUUAUUCAUGGGAACAAUGUAGUUUUAACGAAUGAUAGAAAUUUAUUUAUGGAUCACUCCAAUACAAACGUUUCGAUGAAAUCAAAUUAUACGCGAAAAGGUUUCGAUCAUGAAGCAUUCGUUCCAUUUUUAUUAAAUAUUUCCAUAAAACUAUUAGAGGAUGUUAAGCAGAAUAUAAAAUUCAAUUAUAACCUAAGCAUUGAAGAAACUCGUGUCAUAGAUGAAGCGUUCCUCGCAAGUAAUAUUGAAUAUAAUCUGAAUUUAAAGAAUAACUUCGAUAAAAUGUCCGGCAAUAUUAAAUACACUUCCCCUGACAUAUUUCUGUUAGACUUCACAGAUUUUUCCAAUUUCUUACUACAAACAAUAAUUCAGGAAAGGUUGAACGGAGUCGAUGGUAAGUGUCUUGAAAAAACAGUGUGGUACAAGCCGGUAUUAAAGCACAUCAUUUUGAGACAACAAGUGAAAAUAAUUUUAAAUAUAAUAGAAGUGAACAUUUGCUAUAGAUUCGAUAUAUGUGUGGAAAAGACGGAGAUCAGUGAAUAUUUAGUGGAAUGGUUACGACAUUUAUUGAACGUGGAGGACACUAAACUCGAUGAGUUCAUGCGACUGAUACCAAUACUGUCAAGUAAAUACAUUAAUAACAAUAAAGUCGUACAGAAAGCUAAAAGUUAUGUAGGAACGAACACUUUUGACCAGAGAUUUUUGAUAGACAUUAUUGAUGAAGCAUUAACAGAACAGGAAGUUGAAAAAAUUGUACGGAACGAAUUAGUGACGCAUGUAACAUUGAUGAAAAAAUUAAUGAAUCUAAUUAAUUCUCACUAUAAAUUGGAGGAUUCUCGAGAUGUGUUGGACAAGAUAUCCAAAAACUUUUGGCUGUGGACAGUUGGGAACGAUGUCAACCUGAUGAGUGUGCUGGAAGACAUUUGUUAUAAUUUUCAGGAAAACGUCCAAAGUUGGCCGAUCGAGAUCCGAAUCCGGAUGCAUAACUAUUUUUCUAAAUUAUUUGAAAUUUCAUAGACGUUACAACACACAUAAAAAGAUACAUGCAUGUCUUAACUUUCUGUGUAUUAUACAGGUUAUUAUAUUUUUAAAACUUUAUUUAAAACGCUUGGUCCUAUUGGACAAAGACCAUCCAAAGGAUUUCAUCUGUAUGUAUGUAUUUUAUUCAUGUAUUAAAUACUAUUAUAAUAAAAAAGAUGACAUCGUCGUUCCAUUCUGCUGUUACAUGUAAACAAUGUCCCAUUGACAGCGGGCCAUUUUCAAUUUCAAACUUCACCUCUAAAAUGUCAACUGGUUCAACGAUUGCGCUCCUCCAUUCAGUUGGGUACCAUUUAUGUUUUGUGUGUAACGUGAAUAAAAUUUUACCUUCACCUAUACAGUGACAACACAAGGAGCGAACUAAAUUUAUAACUAAUUAGUAAUGAGUAAACGAAUUCAAUAAUUUGACGGCUUUGAUGUCAUGUCCGCAAAACAUUAAGUUCUUAAUUGAGAAAACUCACUAAUUAGAUGUGACUUUGCUUUCAAAAGUUUAUAGUUUGAAACUGCUUUGCCUUUAAGAUUUCACCAAGGGGAAUAAAUAAACAAGUCAUGAAAUAAGCGCUUGAUAACAUCGUUGGUAAAACUUUAAUGUUUCCGUUCGUUAAAAUGCAAUUUUUUUUUUUUGUAAAAAUUCUUAAACGUAAUAUACAAUAUUAUCAUA